AUGAAGCACAGGAUGGUGGUGAUGUACAUGGAGAUCGGCUGCUUCGUGUCCUGCCUGUUUGGCUGGAUCCUGGUGUGUUCCACCCUUCCCACAGAGUACUGGACUUUCUCUGAGGUGAGCGAUGUCGUGCUGACGACCAUCAACUUCUACUCCAACCUGUGGAAGGACUGCGUCUCAGACACCACGGGGGUGUCCGACUGCAAGGAGUACCCUUCCAUGAUUGCCCUUCCUGCGUUCCUACACGCCACCAGAGCGCUCGCUGUCUGCGCCGUUAUCACUGGUUUCUUCGGAGGCGUCCUCACACUCAUAGGGAUGAAAUGCACUAAAAUAGGCGGAUCAGAGAUUGCCAAUGCGAGGGUGACCUUUGCAGGCAGUAUAACCUACCUGGUUUCAGGAUUCUGUGGUAUGAUCACCUACUCAUGGUGGGCCAACAAAGUCAUAACAGAAUUCUUGGAUACAAAUUUCCUACCACAGAAAUUUGAACUUGGAGCUGCAAUUUUCGUUGGCUUGGGUGGCUCCAUGCUUCUCCUCUCUGGAGGGACAGCGCUGUCUUACCUCUCUGGAAAAGAUCUAAAAUCAAGUAAUGUCAACAGUUCUGCAGAAAGCUCACGUAGAGCAGCCACUUAUGCCUCUGCCCGGACCAGACGGACCUACAUGCUGCCGGCCUCGGCGUCCAGAGUGACCCUGGUGCCUCCGAUAUUUAAUGAAGGCAGGAAGAGCCAAGCAAGCAUAGCACCCAGUGCAACAAGGAAAGCCAGCGUCACCUUCAACAGGGACAGCUUCGUCUGAACCAAAGGGGACUUCUGAGCUAGUAAAGUUACUUUAAAGAUUUAAAAAAAAUCUACUCUACGACUGGUAUCAAUCUUCUAAUCAAACUCAUGGCAAGAAAGCACAUAAGUUAUGCACGACUGGAAAUAUAAAUUCUGUUACUAAAGCAAAGCUAAGUAAUCCAGAUCCUGCAAUAAGGCUGUAUUGUUUUUAAAAACUUUGUAUUUAUGGCUGUUUUCGUCCUUCAUCAGGCAGCAC